AUGCUGGUAAUUCCAGCUGAAGGCUUUCCUCCUCAUGUAGUUAGAGAAAAAAUGUGCACGACCGGGAGAAAUAUCCAGGCUUAAAGAAUUUAGUGGCACUAGCUAUAUCCGGACUGGGUGGAUAGGAUCACUGUGUUCUGUUGGCACAUAUAGGCGGCAUCCCAAAUGGUACCCUAUUCCCUACAUAGUGCAAUACUUUUGACCAGAGCCGUAUCGGCCCUGGUCAAACUUAGUGCACUAUAUAGGGAAUAGGGUGCCAUUGGGGACAUAGACUUAAUAAAGGCUAUCAUGAGCCGUCCAAUCUCUCAGUUCUGAAUGUGUCCAUGUGUUGUGUGGCCUAUAGAUGUACAUUCCUCAGCAUUAGCUUCUUCAAUCUGGUUCUGUGUGUGGUGUGCAGACUGAACCGCAGACCUAGGCCCGACGGUUGUGUGGUUUAAAUGGUCUGUACUUUGUACAUGGAAACUUGAGGUGGGGAGAGAGAGAGAGCUUUGGCUAUACACUAAAUCCAUUAAAGAAAUUGGAUUAUUUGUCCCUGUACCAUCAGUUCUCAAUGUUCUCUCCUCUUGUAAGAAAAAAGAAGAAGACAAUGUCACCGAGCUGGAAUUGCAAAAGCAAAACAAAUUGAUCUUGUCAUGGUUGUGGCAGGUCAUCUGACUCAUUGAGCCAGUAGCCAUUUAUUAUCCCCUGUCCUUUCUGACCCUUUUAAGGAAUUCAACCUUAAUCCAUCAUAUAUUCCUGAUAGCUCAGUACAUGUGUGAGUAACAGAUAUUGGCGUGUGUAUCUCUGUACUGUCUGUACCUACAGUAUAUGUCCUGUCCGUCCGUCCGAUGGGCAUUAUGGAGGAGUUAUGGUCAGAAGAUGCAGGGUAGAUCACAGAGGCCAUUGCCUGGGUCAUGUUCAUUAGACACCAAAUGAAAUAAAAGAACAGGAACUAGUUUUGCUACGUUGUGCCCAAAUACAACCAUGGUUCAAAGUGCAGUGGAUGGAUAGGACCUAUGGAUCCUGGUAUCGUGACAAGCACAAUAGGCUUGUCACGAUACCAACAUUUUAUAAACAAUAUGUUACCAGGCCAAGUAUCACGAUACCGAGUAGUAUCGCGAUACCGCGGUGGAAAAAAAUCAGUGGCCAAGGAUCCUUGUUCACGUUUUGUAAACGUUCUCUAAAAACCUGUCACUGAAAUUCACACUUCUACUCAAUACAACACAUUGAAUUCAACUUCACACUGUUCUGUGUAUAAUAGAAUACUGCAUAGAAUGGCUGAUUUACUCAUAUUUACAAAGGCCUACCUGUGAAUUGGCUGAAGGAAUGGGAGGAAGGAAUAUACAUCAGUGGAGGCUGCUGAACAGAGGACGGCUCAUCAAAUGGCUAGAACGGCGCAAAUGGAAUGGCAUCAAACACAUAGAACACAUUCCACUCAUUCCGCAACAGCCAUUACCACGAGCCCGUCCUCCCAAAUGAAGGUGCCACCAGCCUCCUGUGAUAUACAUGCAUAAUGAUCUGUAUGUCAUUGUGUCAGUAAGGGGAAACACUGCAUGAAACCUUCUUCAGUUAACAGACACCCACACUCUCCCUUCCUCACACACUCUCAUAAACACACACACCACUCUCUCUCUCCCACAAACACACAUACACACACUGCUCCCAACUUUUAAAAGGUUAGGCACUAAACAGAAUUUAAGGAGCACCAGAAAUAAAUGUGUUUUUGAUAUAGUUUAGUCUACCAUUAGGCCUAUGUGAAUCCUACCUUUUGAAGCACAUCUCAUGAGUAGCAGACCCUUUUCCUUUCUUCCUGUGCCAAUCAAAUUAGCCUAAACCUACUGUCCAGUUACCAGGUUGUUAACUAGCUAGAUAACAUGACUGAACAACGUUGUUUGUUAUCAAACCAAUAAUUAGCGACCGGGAUUAGUUUCAAACGGCCGGUGACAUGGUUUGUGCAAUUAUAUCAAAUGCGCACGAAUCCCGAUAGAAAGAAAAUAAGGCACCUCCGGUAAUAUGGGUCAUUUAAAAAAAAAUGUUUAGGCUAGAGACAAGCCGUAACAAAUGUACAAAUCUAACAACAGAAGACUCAUCAGGGUCUGGGUCUGCAUCCUCGCUCGCCACCACGGCAAAAUUAUAUAUCUAUUUUUUUACUGAUGGAGGAAUAGACGCGGAUAAAGAGCAGACGGAGAGAAGCAGGUGAGUGAGGGCUGGUAGGGGAUGCUGCUGGCUGAUUCCUGCUGCCACACUUGAUAUGCGCAUGAAAGUGAAGUGGAUAUUAUUGGACCUGCGCAUAUAAGAGACUAGUGGCUGUUAAAUUCAACUGAAUUUAUAAACCAAACUGACUUUAAAACAUUUUAAAACAGGCGCCAGCGGGUUCUUUAGCUCGGUAGGGCAGGUAAAGUCAGUAGUAUCAUAUGAAAUGGUACUACUUAUUCUAAAAUGUUGGUAUCAUAAGUAUCAUGACGUUUUGGCACCUUCAUAUUACCGUGGUACCGGUAUACUGUGCAACACUAAUGCACUAUAUAGGGAAUAGGGUGCCAUCGCUGAAGGGACCCAGGCAGACUCUCUGGCCUGCAGCGAGUUGGGUACCAUACAAGUGAGGACUUUUUGGGGACCACAAUUGAUUCCCAUUCAAAAUCCUAUUCUACCUAACCCUAUUCUAACCAUAACCCUAAACCCGAACCUCUAAGCCUAAAAUAGCCUUUUUCCUAAUUAGGACCGGCCAAAUGUCCUCACUUGUCCUAAUUCUAGUAUAGUAUAGAACAAGUAUAGUAAAACAAAAAAACACACACACACACAUUCCACCAGGGUUGUGGGUUCGAUUCCCACGGGGGGCCAGUAUGAAAAAUGUAUGCACUCACUAACUGUAAGUCGCUCUGGAUAAGAGCGUCUGCUAAAUGACUAAAAUGUAAAAUUUAGUAAGCUCUUUCUGUGUAUAAAGUAGCAUGGACAUGUUGUCCCAGAAAUGAAUGCAAUGCUUCUUUCUCUAGUUAAGCAUGUGCACUACUGGCACACACACACACACACACACACACACACACACACACACACACCACAAGGCUCUCGUUAGCAGCCUAGUAACAGGGACUGGUUUGGUUUUUGGAAGGCACCACUGUUCCCAAUGCACACAAGCACAUAUGAGCCAGGACAGAAUGGGGGGAAUUUCGCUCCAGGCAUUCCUCCAUCCCUCACUCCAUCCUUCAUUAAUGUUUCACUACAUGGCUUUUGAGAAGUGAAGUGAAAAGCCCAAUGAUCAGACAGACAGAGUGGGGUUUAGACUCACUGGUUAAAUGGAUCAUUGUUCAUCGUGUCAUGUUGAGAAACCAUUACUGGGGGGUCUCUUAAAGCAACACAACGACAAAUAGCAUCCUAUUCCCUAUGUAGUAGACUACAUUAGACCUGGGCCCAUAGGUAAAUUCACUAUGUAAGGUAUAGGGUGCUAUUUGGGAUGUGACCAGUGUGAUGAGAGAGCGCUGCUCUUUUUAACGACAGCUCGUUGAAUUCAGUUGUUGUUGGAAUGAUCAUUGGAAAUACAAUUACAUUGCCCUGUUCAGACAGCCAAUACUAACAUGCUUUCAUUUCAAACCUCAAACAGCCAAGGCUGAAAUGAAUUGACUGUGCCACAUUCUCUGGUUGGUUGGGUUCCAGACUGGUUAUUAUGGAUAUCUUUGGCUUUAGUCUCUCUGAGGAUAGAAUCUUGCUGACAGACAUUGUGUACGCAUGGACGGAUGUAUUGUAUGUAGCACCCUAUUCCCUAUAUAGUACACUACUUUUGACCAGGCUCUGGGUAUAUAGGGAGUAGGGAACCAUUUGGGACGGAACCUUGUUCUCUACUAGCAGUAGUUAUGAGCGGGGUUGGGGGAGACGUUUGUGUAGUUAGUAUUUCUGCAGACAGACAGUGAUUUCAUUUCCUGUGAGGACUAUCAGCUCAGGUUUUAAAGGUGAAUUGGCUCCUUGUCUGUAAGGACGUGAGACUAGCUAGACUCAAUGAUCUGUGAAAUGGAAAGAAAUGAAAGUCUUCGUCCCAACACGGAAAAACACACAGACUCACUUAUAUCCCCAGAUGGGUUCCUCAGAACUUUCCCUUUUAAAAUCCCACCAACCUUGGUACAUUAGGUCAAAUAUUCUCUAGCCCGCUCUCUCACUCUCUAGCCCGCGCUCUGUAGCGCGCUCUCUCUCGCACACACGCUCGCUCUCUCUAGCCCGCUGUCUCUCUCUCUGUGUCUGAUAGGAUUUUCUACAAAUUAUUAACACCAUUUAACAUGGUGACCUUUUUAAAAAUACUUUCCAUGUUUUUAACUUCCUAAGCUGGACAAGUUGCAUGGUGUAUUACAGGGUUCCCCAACUGGCAGGUGGCCCGCAGGAGAUUUUAUUUGAGAUUCAGAGAGGGGGAGAGAGAGCGCGAUUGAGGGGGGGUAAAGAGGAGGUUGGUGGGGGUAAAGAGGAGGUGGGUGGGGGUGUAAUGUGAAAUGUCACAGAUGUGAUGAUGAGGAAAUGAGUGAAAUGGUCUGACUGAUACCCAGUGAGGUGGAAAUGUAGGUUCAUCUGGUCAUAUGGCACCGUACCGUACAGUCCUGUGUGUGUUUCCGUAGCAUGGGAAAAGGGGCAGAACAGAGGGGCGUUGGCUGAGCAUUUUAUUGAAGGAGGGAAUGAAUGGGGGAAAAGGUGAUGGUGGGGAGGAAGAAUGAAUGAGAGAUGGAGGAGAAAGGAGAAAGGGAGUGGAUGGAUGUGCAGUCAGCAGAGAGAAGAUUGGAUCAAUGAAUAGGAGGUGUGGGGGGAGACAUCACCCAUCAAACCAUGCUCUACUACUCUACUCAUCCUUGGGAUUUAGUACUAGGUGUGUGCACGCGCCUGCGUUCGAUGUGUGUGCGUGUGCUUGCUGGUGUGUGUCUGUAUCGUCAUGGCCACCGAGCGAGAAGCAAAUCAGCAGCCCACUCCUCUCUCCACUCUGCCCCCUCCACCUCAGUGACUUUACCCUGCUUUAGUCUAAUUGAAAGACCUAGUGUGUCUCGUAACCCGCGUCACAAAGACUUACGGCAACAUGCUGAGCUAGCCCCGCUUUACAUUAGCUGUUCCUGUGGGACUGAUUACAAUACACACUGAACGUCUGAUAUGGGUUACGCCAUACCCCCAUUUUGCACCAAUGAGAUUAUUUGAUACUCUCUCUAAGGGAUGGAGUGUAUCUGGGUAUUGAAAUGGAAUGGAAUGGACUCACUUCUUGUUCAUCGGUGUGUGUGUGUGUGUCUUCCCUCGUGUGUCCAGUCCACGUUUGUCUCUGUGAGUAGACAUUAAUAGGGGGUGACUGGAGCGUUAUGUUGGGGGGGGGGACGCAGCCCGGAAGCGUUGCAAUCAGAGGUGUGGGUGGAUGAUGUGCAACAGAGAGGAAAGAAUGUGCUGGAGUGGGUUGCCAUGUGUUCAGCCUGCCAGUGAUAGACCCUUCCCCCUUCCCCUCAAGCUGCCUUCCUCAUGGUGCUAGCUGUGAUUGACAGAUAGCCCCCCUCCCCAUAACCCACCCUGGGCUCCUCUGUAGCCUGAGGAAGACACCAAGUGGUCACAGAGGAGAACUGCAAGAGGGUCUCUCACUGGUCUCUGCUCUUACGCUGACCUGCACGGCAUGUCAGUGAGAUUGAUGACUUCAUUUUUAUUUAAAGAUUACAUAGGCUACUACAAGGCAAAGUGAUUGGAACAGCACACAGUACACUGUUUCAGCUGUAAAGGUUGGGGAGAGAGACACCUAACUGUAAGUCCCUCUGGAUAAGAUCUGCUAAAUGACUACAAUAUCAAUGGAGAUGAGAAAAGGAUAUAUGGAUGGAGAUGAGAGGGAGGAAGAGCGAAAGGAAAUGUAGACUGACAUCAUGCUGUACCUAAGUGGUCUUUAUUAGGCAGAUAUUGCCCCUAACUCCAGAUAGGCUAUCAUAUUGCAACAUAUUGCCAAAUUCUCAAUUAACCUCUGACCUCAGAAUGAAUGUAUCAUCCCAUAUCUCCUCCCAGGUGCACCUAGCUACAGGUUGCAUCCCAAAAGGGCACCCUAUUCCCUACAUAGUGCAAUACUUUUGACCAGAGCCCUAUGGGCCUGGUCAAAUGUAGUGCACUAUAAAGGGAAUAGGGUGCCAUUUGGAAUGCAACUACCGUCUGCUACAGCUACAGGGCUGCAUAAUGCAUUCUAAUCUGCCUUUUUGGGCCGGUACUGUUACUCACCCUGAGUGGAGAAGAACUCAUUUAUCAGGGUCUGGGCUGGCGGACAGAGACAAGCCUAGCAAAGACCACUCUGCAUCAACAGCAGAACAGUCAGCUUGACUAAAGACCUUGUCAGACCAGUCAUGAGAGUUAGAGGUGGCCAUAGAGGUCCUAAUUAAAUUACUAGUAUUCUAAUUAUAUGGCAGUGGACCCCACCUCCUAGGUCCCUCUAGCAGUAAAUGACCCCUUAUAUAUCCACACGUGCUGUCUGUCACAUCUCAUUCAUUUCAUAUUCAUCUAGCUUGGAGGAAUCCGAGUCUGCGACAAGCUGUUAGAGAAGCUAACUCUGAAUAUGUACAGACAGAACAGUGAGACCUGGCUUGACUCCCUUCAAUGUGGUUCAAAAGAAAAUGAGUGGAUUGUCUUCCUCACAAAGGAUAGAGAUUCUAAAUGAUAUGUGGUGGUGGUCAUCAAUGAUUGUAGUUGCCUUGAUCCUAUCACUAGGGGCCAUAAUCUCACUAUGCACCAGGGGCGGAACAGUUAGGCUACUUCAGGUUAACUGACUGCACUCUGCGGACAUAUCAGUCUCUCAAUCUACCUCUUAAUUGGCCGAAAAGGUGAAUACCUGAACUCUCUCUCUCUCUGACCCACUCCAUAGAGGAGCUAUGGGGGACUGACUGACUGGCUGGGCAAUAUCAGCUCAAUGGAUGGUGAUCAGGGUCUUUAUCUCCCCUCUGCACAUGUUGUUUCUAUCACACUGUUGUGAAUGUAGAGAGCAGGAUAAAUAUAGUGUCUAUAUACUCACACCCCGUCCUCAGUCCCUCCCUAACGACUAGUUCAUCUGUCAAAACUCAACACUGUGACCUCUCUGGACUCAUUGUGACCCAACGUCAGGGCAUCGAGACCCUGUUUAAUUAUGCACACACACACACACACACACACACACACGCUGUCUGCUAGGAAAGGGAACUCUCACCACCACUUCCUUUUGUGGUCGUGUGUGCGCGUGCAAUCAUGUGUGUCCGUCUGGCAGAGGGAGAGAUCCUAUUUCCUCUGGCUUUCUGACCCUGCCAGUAUCUCAAGUACCUCUACCUUGCGGGACAGACUUAUAGAGCAAGGGAAUGAGAUAGCAAGCGGGGAUAGACUGAUAGAGAAAGAGAGGGACAGGAAGAGAGGGGUAACCAAGGGGGUCACUGUAUUUGGAGGGCUGCAGCCGUCAGCCAUGGUCCCUUUCAGUACGUUUAAAGGCUGCAGCAGGACAGAGGAGGAGGAUGAUGAGGUGUUUGUCUGCAGCCAAGGAAAUAAGGUAACAGACGUAUCAGAGAUAUCUGACAAGGUCUUUAGUUUGUCAUAGUUGUGAUAUAGUAGGUCAUACUUGAUAUCCACUGUCAGCUUUUACUUCAAAAUGUAAGAUGAAAAUGUUUGCAUGUUAAAAAAUAGAAUACAUAGGCUAUUGUCUAUUGCUUCAUAAAGUAUCUUCUUUCAUUUGGCUUAAAUUGCCUAUUUCAGCACUGUGUGGCAAACCUGCCAAGAGCUAAAAACUUGACAGAACUUUAUUUAACUCUUACUUCAUCCAGUCCAUCCCAUUUAGCAAAUGAGGCCACCUCGUUUCUCUUUGCCUUCACUCUAGUAGUCGGUCUAUUUCUGAGUUUGCUUGCUGUAGAGAGAGACCUCUUAUUUUACUUCUCAACAGAACAGUGGAGAGAAGGGUAAUUAGAAUGCAAACAACUUCUUAGGGGAGUGUGUGUGUGUGUGUGUUAAGUACAUUUCUGGAGUCCUUCCCUGCGGAUGUGGACUUAAAAAUAUGAACUCUCAAAAUGUUGUGGAGGAGAGAAAUACAUUCCGUUUAGAAAUCACAUUGAUGUGGUAUAGCAGUGAGCACUCUCCAAAAAUUGUAUUGAUUUCUUCCAUCCAUGGACAAAACGCUGUCUGCAUGCUCAAGCUUCCGCCUUCCCUCGCUAAAACAUUCCUUCUCAGGAAAACACUACAGUUUGUCAUUUAACACAGACAGUAUUAUCCAGCGCGACCUACAGUUAGUGCGUUCAUCUUAAGAUAGCUAGGUGAGACAACCACAUAUCUCAGUCAUCGUAAGUACAAUUUCCUUCAAUAAAGUAAUUAUCAUAAUAAGUCGGUGCUAGUAGGAAAGACAAGUGCAGGUAAAUGGGGGUGGCACCAUGGGGUUUAUUUAAUAUACAUUUUGACCCCUUAACCUUUCCUUGGGGUACUUCAUAUCACUUUUGGCAGUUGAUUUACAUAGACUCUUAUCAUUCAAUUCUCAUUCUAAUUCUCAGUUCCCCUGCUGAGUUUGGCCUUUGACAGCUGAGUUUCAAUGUAAAAUGUGCCUUACUAUUAUUUGUGCCUUGGGGCUCUUUGACUGACACCCAGCUGCUGGAAAUAUAGUAGGUCCCCACACGAUGUAGCAAAUUAUUUUUACUGUACUUCACUAGAAUCAUACACAGACGUUUCGGUUAAGAGCCUUCUUCAGUGCGUCUUAACCCCCAGCUGCCAAUGUCUUCUACCAAUGCCACAGUCAGAACACUGGAUAAGAAUGGACAAACAACGGGGCCUCUCCUGGUGCAAACUUCACUCUGUUCCAGCGCAGCUCUACAGGAUAUUAAAUAAUUAUUUUGGAUAAUAUUCCUAUUUUUCCAGGCCCAGCAGGAAGCCCCAUCUGUUUCCAUUCUAGGGAAUGUCUGUCUGGCUGUGCUGUCCGGUGUUUUUACUCAAACUCCCUCCCUCCCUCCUCCCUGUCGCAUUUCCUCUUGCAUUCUUCACCUGCCAGGUUCUGCUUGUCUUCAAUAAAAAGAGAAUCCAGAACUAGGCAGCCAGCCUAUGGCACUGAGUGCUAUAUGAUGCAUCUGUAUUGGUCAGGUGCAGACAUGGGUCCAAAUACAUAGGCCUACUGUGUUUAAGGUGUGCUCGAUUUAACUUGGGAGUUUGCACUUUUGGGACUAUUCUAUUGGUUCCAUUGUACAGUACACACGAAAUCAAACACAGCUCAAAUAUUUGACACUGACAGUAUGUGUUUGACCCAUGGGGUCUAGUCAGGCGCUUUUCUAUCGAGGUCUAGCUACGACCUAUGUGAUUAAUACGGCCACUUUACACAAUGUUAGUUUGACCCUUGGCCCACACCAGAGAUGGCAGUCUGGUUACCACUACUGUACCUCAGCCUCACUAUUCUAUUCCGAAACCAUCAUAUUUUAGUACAUUUGAUUCUCAGUAGUCAUGGAAAUCCUGUCUGUGUUGUUGUAUGGGCCAGACUGAGUGGCAUGUGAAACUGUUGACGGAGCCAACUUUCAGUUUCCCCCUAACCUUAAUAUACUAGCGUUUUGUAAAUUUCCUCAAAAUAUAGGUUCACCAGCACUAGGCCAGCACUAUGGCACCACUAUUAUGCAACAUGCCUUCUUUCGUUUCUUGUCUUGACAAUAUAUAUCAUAAACGACAGCUCAGCCAAAAGCCUUGUUUAGAGUCCAAUGUUUCCAAUGUUUAGAGUCUGAAGGUAGUUUUUAGAGCUUUUGUAGCCUGGAAUCCAAAUGGAAUAUCACUCUUUUUAACUAUUGUUUCAACUGAGCAAUAUUCCGUUAAAAUUCUAGGCUGAGAGGAUUGUUUGUCUCCUUUCUGUCAGUGGGUACUUUGGUUUAGAGAUUGACGCUUAGCUACUUAAGUGAUAGGAAACCCUCCUUCUAGUGCUCUGUAUCUUAUCUGCCUACACUUCCUCUUUUAAACACCCCUUCAAUUCCUCUCACCAGGGUAAGGACCCUCUGUUUUUUCUUCUUGAAAUCAUUCUCUCGAUCUCCUAAUGUGGGCAUUGUAUUUAAUCCAAUUAUGGCCCAUCAAUGUCCAGUAAUGAUAAAUCUUGAAUCUUGAUGUAUUGCCCAGUAGUUUUUAUUUUGAAUGUCAUGAAAAAAGUCAAGUUUAUGCACAGGUGUGUGUGUAUGGAUUUUGCAACAAAAUAAGGCAUUUGACUGGCCUAACAAAGGAUAGCUUGACUAUAGUUGAAGUAUGUAGGAUAGAUAUUGGAUACCAUGCAGCAUUGUUUUGAACAGAUGGAUAGAGUAUGUUUCAACGUCCAUCCGUACCACAUGUCUGACUGCCAAAGCUGCCCAUGCGUCCUCUUUCUACUUCAUGCUUUGCUGUUGAGAUUAUAUCACUGUAUCUGUGGUCUGAAACUACCCUCUCCCAUACUUCUCGCUCUGUAAUGUACCUCCAUAGUUCUCCAUAAACUUCACCUCUCCGGUCAGUGCGUGCUGGGCAUGCUACUUUGUUCGAGUUUUUCACAAGCGACUAACCUUUCCUCUCUAUCCCUCUCCCCCUUCCAGACGACGUCUCCGGCGGGGCAGGGCCGGCCUGAGUCUCCUGUCUACACCAACCUCCAGGAGCUGAAGAUCUCCCAGUCCAGCCUGCCCCCCCUUCCUUCCAGCUCUCCACUGCACAUCCUCUGGGACUGGGAGACCCACAAGGACCUCACCGGCAGACACUUCUACUAUAACAGAGCCACCGGAGAGCGCACGUGGAAACCGCCCCGCGCACGGGAUGCUAGUGGCAGUGCCAGUAGUAGUCGGGGAGACCCCCACGGCACUGGAGAGAUGGAGGUAGGUAACACACCCCUUGUGCGCCCCAUCAAAACAGACCCACAUUCCAUUGACUGUCAUGCUGUAGCAUACUGUCGACACAGUCAGAGCUGAAGUUGAGCUGUAAGGAGAGAGAGAAAAGAGUUUGGUUUGGAUCAAACUGAGGAAGUUCAACCCAGCAUGUUGACCCCUGCCACUGAUCUACAGUCUACCUAAUAUAUCUGGCCCCCUAACGUAUCAACAACUGCUCUGAAAGGUGGCCCUGGGUCCUACUGUUUACAUUUACAUUUUAGACAUUUAGCAGACGCUCUUAUCCAGAGCGACUUACAAUUAGUGCAUUCAUCUUAAGAUAGCUAGGUGGGACAACCACAUCACAGUCGUAGUAAGUGUGUGGAGCAGCGGGGUGACAAGGGAGAACUUGGGAAGGUUGAACACCAGGCGGGCUGCGGCGUUCUGGAUAAGUUGCAGGGGUGGACAAGCGGGGACCCCAGCCAACAGAGUUGCAGUAGUCUAGACGGGAUAUGACAAGUGCCUGGAUUAGGACCUGUGCAGCUUCCUGUGUGAGGAAGGGUCUACUAUACGGCUGUUGUAGAGAAUGAACCUGCAGGAGCGAGUCACUGCUUUGAUGUUGGCAGAGAACAACAGGGUGUUGUCCAGGGUCACGCCAAGCUUCUUUGCGCUCUGGGAGGGGGGACACCAUGAAGUUAUCUACCGUGAUGGAGAAGUCUUUGAGCAGGCAGGCCUUCCCUGGGAGGAAGAGCAUCUCCGUCUUGUUCGAGGUUGAGCUUGACGUGCUGGGCUGUCAUCCAAGCUGAAAGGGGAAGGAGUUCAGGUGUUGAGGCUAAAGGGAGCGGUCUCGUGACUGGUUUGGUCUGGCCCGGUGGUAGUCCAGGUCCUAUUACAGCUCUCCCUGUGUUUUUGAAACGGGGUGAGUGUGACUCUGUGUUAAAUGAAACCAGGUCAGGACUGAAGUAGGUUUCAGGCCGACGAGGCCGUACUAUAUUUAAGUACCAGUUAGAGAGACGCUCUCCAAAUAUUUAUGAUUCAUCCGAUGUAAUGCCACAGCUGACAGAAGCACAGAUGGAAUGCGUUCCAAAUGCCACCCUAUUCCCAAUAUAGUGCUAUACUUUUGACCAAGGUCUAUAGGGCUCUGGUUAAAAUUAGUGCACUAAAUAGGGAAUAGGGUGACAUCUGGGACAUAAUAUGUGUCUACUCUGCAUGUCACUUUCAUAUGAUACUAAUGUGGGAAACCUGAGGGAGAAUGUACGGAGAGGAAUAGAUUAUUUCCAACGACUGUAGAAGUUAUGUUGUGGUAACUGUGGGCAGUGAAACAAGCUGGUGCUAUUUUCAUGAGGGCUAGGUAGUAAAAUAUACCAAGUCAGUAAAAUAUACCAAGUCAGUAAGAGUAUCCUCAGUUUGGGUUUCAUGUAGUGUUAGUGGUACAACACUGCCACCAUGAGGUGGUUGAGUGUAUUGCAACCAGGCAGGAAAUAUUAGAGUUGUAAAUACACACUUAUUUCCAUAGUUGAUCAAGUUCUCCUUUUCCUGGGGAUUUAAGCCUUUAUGGUGGUGGGAUGCAUGAAUGCAUAGUUGGAUGUUUUCCUUUUUCAAUAAAUGUUCUUAUUAUGGGUACUUGGGCAUCAUUGAUCAUUCACUACUAAAUCAAAUAAAUUGGUUCCGUACAUAUAUUUUGCAGAUAUUUUUGUGGGUGUAGCGAAAUGCUUAUGUUCCUAGCUCCAACAGUGCAGUAAUACCUAACAAUACAAAACAAUACACGCAAAUCCCAAAAAUAAAAAGGAAUUAAGAAAUAUCCAGAAUAUAAGUAUAUAUAUAUAUAUAUAUAUAUAUAUAUAUAUAUAUAUAUAUAUAUAUAUAUAUAUAUGUGAUGGUGUGUAUAGAUAUUAUGGACCGUAUAUGAAUAGAAAAGGUGUGUCCAGCAGUAGUUAUAUAGGAUGAGCUUUGACUAGAAUACAGUGUAUACAUAUGAAGUGGGUACUAGCUUCUCUAAAGGCUCAACUAGAGCCAUAGAGAUAUCAAUCUAUCUAUCAGUCUACAGUGCAUUCGGAAAGUAUUCAGACCCCUUGACUUUUUCCACAUUUUGUUACGUUACAGCCUUAUUCUAAAAUUGAUUAAAUUGUUUUUUUCAUCAAUACCCCAUAAUGACAAAGCUAAAACUGUUUUUUAGAAAUUUUUGCAAUUAAAAUAAAUAAAUAUAUAUAUAUAUAUAUAUAUAUAUAUAUCUAUAUAUACUGAAAUAUCACACUUAAGUAUUCAGACCCUUUACUCAGUAUGUUGUUGAAGCACCUUUGGCAGCAAUUACAGCCUCAAGUCUUCUUGGGUAUGACGCUACAAGCUUGGCACACCUGUAUUUGGGGAGUUUCUCCCAUUCUUCUCUGCAGAUCCUCGCAAGCUUUGUCAGGUUGGAUGGGGAGCGUCGCUGCACAACUAUUUUCAGGUCUCUGGGCUCUGGCUGGGCCACUCAAGGACAUUCAGAGACUUGUCCCAAAGCCACUCCUGCAUUGUCUUGGCUGUGUGCUUAGGGUCGUUGUCCUGUUGGAAGGUGAACCUUCGCCCCAGUCUGAGGUCCUGAGCGCUCUGGAGCAGGUUUUUAUCAAGGAUCUCUCUGUACUUUGCUCCGUUCAUCUUUCCCUCGAUCCUGACUAGUCUCCCAGUCCCUGCCGCUGAAAAACAUCCCCACAGCAUGAUGCUGCCACCACCAUGCUUCACCGUAGGGAUGGUGCCAGGUUUCCUCCAGACGUGACGCUUGGCAUUCAGGCCAAAGAGUUCAAUCUUGGUUUCGUCAGACCAGGGAAUCUUGUUUCAUUUGGUCUGAGAGUCUUUAGGUGCCUUUUGGCAAACUCCAAGCAGACUGUCAUGUGCCUUUUACUGAGGAGUGGCUUCCGUCUGGCCACUCUACCAUAAAGGCCUGAUUGGUGGAGUGCUGCAGAGAUGGUUGUCCUUCUGGAAGGUUCUCCCAUCUCCACAGAGGAACUCUGGAGCUCUGUCAGAGUGACCAUCGGAUUCUUGGUCACCUCCCUGACCAAGGCCCUUCUCCCCCGAUUGCUCAGUUUGGCCGGACAGCUCUAGGAAGAGUCUUGGUGAUUCCAAACUUCUUCCAUUUAAGAGUGAUGGAGGCCACAGUGUUCUUGGGGACCUUCAAUGCUGCAGACAUAUUUUUGGUACCCUUCCCCAGAUCUCUGCCUUGACACAAUCCUGUCUUGGAGCUCAAUUCCUUCGACCUCAUGGCUUGGUUUUUGCUCUGACAUGCACUGUCAACUGUGGGACCUUAUAUAGACAGGUGUGUGUCUUUCCAAAUCAUGUCCAAUCAAUUGAAUUUACCACAGGUGGACUCCAAGUUGUAGAAACAUUUAAAGGAUGAUCAAUGGAAACAGGAUGGACCUGAGCUAAAUUUCGAGUCUCAUAGCAAAGGGUCUGAAUACUUAUGUAAAAAAUUUCUAAAAACCUGUUUUUGCUUUGUCAUGAUGGGGUAUUGUGUGUAGAUUAAUGAGAUUUUUAUUUUUAUUUAAUCCAUUUUAGAAUAAGGCUAUAACGUAACAAACUGUGGAAAAAGUCAAGGGGUCUGAAUACUUUCCGAAUGCACUGUACAUAUGAAACUGAAAAAAAACCUCUGUUCUCCCCGAAUCACAAUGGUCUCUUUCUCUCCCUUUCUCCCAUCUUUUGUUCCGCCUCCUCCUCUCCUCCUCCUCCCUGCUGCCCCAUGCAGCCCCUGUCUUCCGAGGAGAACUGUCACAGCAGCACCUACUCCAGUCAGUCAGACAGUCAGUACGGCUCGCCCCCUAGAGGCUGGUCAGAGGAACUGGACGAACACGGACACACCCUCUAUGUCUGUGAAUAUACUCAUGAGAAGGUACUGGGGCUCUCCUUUCCUCCUUUGGUUUCACUCUCUCUGUUUCUCUGUCACUUCUCCCAGGGCUCUGGGUAUUGUCACUGGUUCAUGGGGUGAUGGAUCCUAAAUCAAUAAAUUAUGCAUGUCUAUGUACCCAUGGCAGGACUGGCUUUGGGACUUUUGGUUGAGAGAAGUUGUUUUUGUUAGUUUCUUUACCUUUAUUCGUGAACAUUUUACCCUGCUGUUAUCUGUGACAAGUAGUGUAUUAGCAGUGUAUUUCUGAAACUGUGAUCAGUGCUGACUAGUGUUUGUGUUUGUAGUGGAUAAAGCACGUGGACGAGCAGGGAAGGCCAUACUACUACAGUGCUGAUGGCUCCAGGUCCGAAUGGGAGCUACCCAAAGUAAGUCAACAUAUCAAUGUGUUGUGUUGUGCUGGCUCUGGUUCUGGUUUUACCUCCUAUGCAGUGUUUUCCGUAAGCACAUGGAGUAGCCAGACAAAUAGAAAAAGUAGCCAGCAAGGGAGUUCCGGGUUGGGAGGGUCCGGGGGGGCAUGCCCCCCGCAAAUUUGUUUUGCAGAAUGAGCUCUAUUUUGAUUCCAUCCGAAAUACACAGCUAAAUUAUUGAAUACUUUAAUGACUUUACCUCCCAGUUUGGUAAAAAUGUGUUGUGGUAUUGAGUAGAAAGACAUGACUUUACAAUUAAAAUGACUGAAAAUGUAUAAAUUCAGUGUGUUGGUGUUUUGGAUAUCGUCUAGGCCGAUAUGAUCAGGACUAUUUUCUAAGUAAGAUAACCUUUUUUAACAGUAAACCCGUAAUUCUCUUAAACCCGUAAUUAAAGUCAUAUUCACAGUUUUACUGGAAAAUAUGAUUUUUGUUCUUCAAAUUACUGCAACGCUGCUGGGCUUUUCACGCUCAACAGUUUCCUGUGUGUAUCAAGAAUGGACUACCACCCAAAGGGCAUCCAGCCAACUUGACACGACUUCGGGAAGCAUUGGAGUCAACAUGGGCCACCAUCUCUGUGGAACGCUUUCGACACCUUGUAGGGUCCAUGCCCCGACGAAUUGAGGCUGUUCUGAGGGCAAAAAGGGGGUGCAACUCAAUAUUAGGAACGUUUUCCUAAUGUUUUAUACACUCAGUGUAACUAUGUUGUAUGAUUUAUAAAUAGCAAAGGGAUAUAGGAGAUGUACUUUAUUCAGUCAGCUCGACACCUUUUUAUAAACUAGACAACACUUGCUGUUCGGUCAUCAAUCAAAGCACGGUAGCCUAAAUAGCCUAUACGCCCCCACUCUGUGGCUUUAUAGGCCUAUGAAACACGCAAAAUAAAAUAAAUGAAUGUGCCACAAAACAAUAAUUAAGUGGAUUUCAACUCAUCGUUACCACUUCCAUUGCAUGGGACAUGUACAUUCGCUCACAAGGUGAUGAUGAAGAAGCAUCAUGCUCUCGCUCCUCCGUGAAAAUACAUUUGACCACAGCGCACAAAAAUAACACUGAUACCGAGAGGCAGGACAGACAGCAGACUGACAAACCAGCAGUCUUUCCCUGUCAUCGCUCACUUUGUGACUGACAGGCGCCUGUCCUAUGAAUAGAUCACUAGAAGAUGCAUAUCGUUCAUUCUAGCUGGGGAAGGCUAUACGAAGGCUUUUCUGACAAGCGAAUUGAAACUUUUAAGUGAAAAGAAGCCUAGUUAAUUUAUGAAGUGGAAAAAGUAGCCUGCUUACAAUGAGUCUGUUAUCAGCUUUUUAGCCGACGGUCGGCGCUUAUGGAAAACACUGCUAUGACACUACGACCUGAUGGCACACUUCUUAGUGCCUCAGUCUAUUUCCUCCCCGAUGAUCUACAGUAGUCUUCAGUCUCUGUCACCUGUGGUCCAUUGACGGCGUGGAGGUUGUGCACUAAUGUACUUGACAGGGACUAUUAGUAGCUAGUGACUUUCCUGUAAUCUUGUAGGUUUAGCAGGGAUCAGACAGGUAGAGAAUAGGCAUUAGCUUUCGUUUGGCUGGCCAACCGGCGGGCUGAGUGGACGCACGCAGGGAUACAGAGAGACAGACACACAUACUGUAGAUACAGAUAAGCUGGGUGAAAUGGUAUCCUUUAGCAAUCCUGGAUUAAUACACAUGCGGGGAGCUCCUUCUCUCAGAGUAGGGUCCUACUGAUGGGUGACUGAUGAUACGCUGGGCCAUGAGAGGAGAGGUAUGAAGAGGAGAUACUGGAUACAUGCCAAGCCAGAGAUCUUCUGGGACCUUUACUUUGUCAUCUGAUCAGUGGAGGAUAACGAGUUAACCCUGGACCACUAUUUCUCUCACCCUCACCCACCCCCCCUCUCUCUCUUUCUCUCUCUCUCUCGCUCGCUCGCUCUCUUUCUGUCCUCCUCUGACGUUCUCCACGGUCUCGCUCCCCUGUCUCCCUCCCUCUCUCCCUCCCUCCAGUACAACGUGUCUCCUCCCCAGCCAGGCGAUCCCCCCAAAAGUCGUAGUCUGGAGCGGAAACAGCCAGACCCCAUCGUCCUGACCAAGUGGAGACACAGCACCUACGUACUAGACCUCAAUGACAAGGUAAGACCACAUGCUCUCUGUCUAUGUGUACAGUAACCUUCUUUCAGCAACUCCAUGUUUACUGUUGUCAAUUCCAUUUCAAUUCAGUCAAUUCCGUAACUAAAUUGAAAUUCAAAUUUUCCUCAUUGAUUUUCAAUUAAUUGAAUGAAUUGAAUGGAACGGCCCCCAACCCUGGUUGUCACCAGUCACCACUUGUUUUGAUGCUGUAAAUAAGUUUGACGCUUCUCUGUAAGACUGUUCUUGAACCCUAUCGAAGCCGUCUGGUCAGUAGUUAUUCUGGUCAGUACAACAGGGGGUCAGUCUGGCCAGCAUGUGGUCACUUCACAUCCUCUUGGCCUUCUUUGGCUCUCAGUGAGUUUAAUCCCUGAAUACCUCAUUGACAAAUCCCAGUCACAUGCAAUGUUGGCUAAACCAUGCUCUCCAAACAUUCUCCUUGGGACUAGUCCAUUUGUUCCAUUGUACCUGGAAAAGUGAAUCAGGUGCAGCCUUAGUAUUUGAACAUAUUUGACGGAUGUAUUUGACCCAGGUCUUUGUGGUUCUGUUCCAGUUCUCUUUCAAAAAAUGCAGGCGCUUUGACUCAAGCCAUCACAUGGGGAGAGCUGGUCGCACUCUUUACCGUGGUAAAGUUAGUAUCCCCCGCUCUCACGCCUCCCCUCUUACCCCGCUUCCACCAAUCCAGAGCGGAAAUUAUCAGAUACCUACCUAAUUGAUGAUUUAAACCAAAAAAGCAGUGUAUGAGGUUGCCUCGCUAAAUCUUGAUCCUGAAUCAAUUCCUUUACUCAAUAAAAUAUGCUGUGUUGAUCUCUGUCUGUCUGUGAGUCAAACCAAAUCAUUUAGAGAAUACAUUUGACCAUACCUUGAAAGUGAAACAAAGCCUUUAACUAACAUAUUUCCUUUUUUUUUUUUUUUUUUAACACAACCACUUCACAAUAGCCUUUGCCAGUUUGACAUCAGACAAUCUGCCUUAAGUACCCAAUGGUGCAUCACUCUAGCUCACAGGUGUCAAACUCAUUCCACCGCGGGACGAGUGUCUGUGAGUUUUCGCUACUCCCUUGUACUAGAUUGAUUAAUUAAGGUCACUAAUUAGUAAGGAACUCCCCACACCUGGUUGUCUAGGGCUUAAUUGAACAUAAAAACCAAAAACCUGCAGACACUAGGCCCUCCAUGGAAUGAUUUUGUCACCCCUGCUCUAGCUACUAUGGAAGAUUUCUGCUCCAGAUUCUUGAUACAUUUUCUCUUCCUCACCAACUAACCAUAAUCUAACCAGCCUCUUCAUCCUACCUUCUCUAGUCUCCAUCAUCAUCAUGUUGACCUUGUUCUUUAUCACUCUGUCUGUAGGAGUGUGGCCCUACAGCCCCCAAGCAGAGUUCUCCUGACUUUGACUCCUGUUAGUUUUCCCUGGCUUUGACUCCACAACAUGCAACAUCUAACAUUUGAUAUCUCCUCUCUCUGGACACAAUUGGUGCGUUCGUAAUUUCACUCUGGCCAUCUCCUCCGAUUUCAGAGCACUCUCGUCCGAGUGUGCCAGAGCACAGAAUAACUGAUGAAUUUACGAAUGCUCAACACCCGUUGAAUAUGGCUGGUGUCGGUAAACGUUGGCAAAAAAGCGUAAUUAAAUUGUUGCCAGCAGCACAGCUACAGUCACCAACACUCUGGUUAACAUGAAAACAACCUAACCAGCUCUGCAAGGGCAAGGAAAAUGUUCAGAGUGAGGUGUCUGGAAGUAGCUAGCAAACUAGCCAAUGUUAGCAAGUUCGCUUGGGUGCUUGACUGCAGUUGUAAGGUCAGAACGCUCGGAUCAACCCUACUCCUCGGCCAGAGCGUCCAGUGUGCGCUCUGAAUGCUCCGAGAGCAAAACGCUAUGAAUUUACGAACUGACAAUCUGACAACACUCUGAAUUUACGAAUGCCCAGAGCGCACUCUGGCACUCCAGAUUGAAUUUACAAACACAUCCAAUGUCUCACCAAUGUGACAUCACCAUGUAACUGAACAGCAGCAGUUAGGAUGAUUUUGUUUUUAGUGAACAGUUUGGUUGUUUCAAUACAGUGCUGUGUUCUCCACAUCUGUUUUUCCUUUGAGAAGAUUGUUUGAUUUUGAUAUUUUGAGAGAUUGAUCAACCUGGAUCUGAAAGCCAACUAGUCUACUAAAGCCUUGUUCACAUUGGCAGUUUGAAGUGAAUCUGUUCUUUUUCCUGCAGUCUGAACAGCCAAAAAGCACAUGGAAUCAAAUAUUUCAAGACACAUUUCAAACCACCUUCGUAGGUGGUUUCAAAUCAGAUACAAAUCUGAUUCCUGGCCAUGUGACUUGUCUGAACGGUCAAAUCUGAUUUAUUUGCCAUCAAGUGGUUUUUAGACUGUUAUUCAGCAUAUCUGGUUGCUUGCUAGCUACUCUUCUGACAGCUUGACAAGAACAUGUGGUAGCUAACUAGCUUUAGUGAAUGUGCUAGAAAGCUAAACUUCUACCUAGCUAGCUAGUUGACUGCUGUGGCUAGCAGUUGGAUCAUGUUAUCCUUUGAGGCUUUUAAAGUGUUCUUACCCUAUGAUUUUGAACAUUCAAAGCAAAUGGGAAACGUCCAUGGCAGGCAUUGUUGUCACCUUAGGUUGCUACAUAGCUUCUGAGUGAUAGGAAGCACGAGCACCACCACCGACAGUCAGUAGUCCAAAACUGAUUUAAAAAACGAAACUGAUUUGAGCAUCAAGGCCUGCAGUGUGAACAGGUUUAAGUCGUCUUGAUCAUCUGGCAAGAAACAAGAAGCAGCAAGGGCAGGGUUGAGGGGCUAGGACAUAAGGACAACAAGGAGGAAAAAUAGAGGAUAAAACCAACAGAUAUAUAUAUAUAUAUAUGUACACUACCGUUCAAAAGUUGCAAUUUCUUUGUCCAUUAAAAUAACAUCAAAUUUAACCGAAAUACAGUGUACAGUGGGGAAAAAAAGUAUUUAGUCAGCCACCAAUUGUGCAAGUUCUCCCACUUAAAAAGAUGAGAGAGGCCUGUAAUUUUCAUCAUAGGUACACUUCAACUAUGACAGACAAAAUGAGAAAAAUAAAUCCUGAAAAUCACAUUGUAGGAUUUUUAAUGAAUUUAUUUGCAAAUUAUGGUGGAAAAUAAGUAUUUGGUCAAUAACAAAAGUUUCUCAAUACUUUGUUAUAUACCCUUUGUUGGCAAUGACACAGGUCAAACGUUUUCUGUAAGUCUUCACAAGGUGUUCACACACUGUUGCUGGUAUUUUAGCCCAUUCCUCCAUGCAGAUCUCCUCUAGAGCAGUGAUGUUUUGGGGCUGUCGCUGGGCAACACGGACUUUCAACUCCCUCCAAAGAUUUUCUAUGGGGUUGAGAUCUGGAGACUGGCUAGGCCACUCCAGGACCUUGAAAUGCUUCUUAUGAAGCCACUCCUUCAUUGCCCGGGCGGUCUGUUUGGGAUCAUUGUCAUGCUGAAAGACCCAGCCACGUUUCAUCUUCAAUGCCCUUGCUGAUGGAAGGAGGUUUUCACUCAAAAUCUCACGAUACAUGGCCCCAUUCAUUCUUUCCUUUACACGGAUCAGUCGUCCUGGUCCCUUUGCAGAAAAACAGCCCCAAAGCAUGAUGUUUUCACCCCAAUGCUUCACAGUAGGUAUGGUGUUCUUUGGAUGCAACUCAGCAUUCUUUGUCCUCCAAACACAACGAGUUGAGUUUUUACCAAAAAGUUAUAUUUUGGUUUCAUCUGACCAUAUGACAUUCUCCCAAUCCUCUUCUGGAUCAUCCAAAUGCACUCUAGCAAACUUCAGACGGGCCUGGACAUGUACUGGCUUAAGCAGGGGGGCACUGCAGGAUUUGAGUCCCUGGCGGCGUAGUGUGUUACUGAUGGAUCGGCUUCGUUACUUUGGUCCCAGCUCUCUGCAGGUCAUUCACUAGGUCCCCCCGUGUGGUUCUGGGAUUUUUGCUCACCGUUCUUGUGAUCAUUUUGACCCCACAGGGUGAGAUCUUGCGUGGAGCCCCAGAUCGAGGGAGAUUAUCGGUCUUGUAUGUCUUCCAUUUCCUAAUAAUUGCUCCCACAGUUGAUUUCUUCAAACCAAGCUGCUUACCUAUUGCAGAUUCAGUCUUCCCAGCCUGGUGCAGGUCUACAAUUUUGUUUCUGGUGUCCUUUGACAGCUCUUUGGUCUUGGCCAUAGUGGAGUUUGGAGUGUGACUGUUUGAGGUUGUGGACAGGUGUCUUUUAUACUGAUAACAAGUUCAAACAGGUGCCAUUAAUACAGGUAACGAGUGGAGGACAGAGGAGCCUCUUAAAGAAGAAGUUACAGGUCUGUGAGAGCCAGAAAUCUUGCUUGUUUGUAGGUGACCAAAUACUUAUUUUCCACCAUAAUUUGCAAAUAAAUUCAUUAAAAAUCCUACUAUGUGAUUUUCUGGAAAAUAAAUGCUCAAUUUGUCUGUCAUAGUUGACGUGUACCUAUGAUGAAAAUUACAGGCCUCUCUCAUCUUUUUAAGUGGGAGAACUUGCACAAUUGGUGGCUGACUAAAUACUUUUUUUCCCCACUGUACAUUUACAUUUACAUUUUAGUCAUUUAGCAGACGCUCUUAUCCAGAGCGACUUACAGUUAGUGAAUACAUAUUUUUUUUAUACUGGCCCCCCGUGGGAAUCGAACCCACAACCCCUGGCGUUGCAAACGCCAUGCUCUAUCAACUGAGCUACAUCCCUGCCGGCCAUUCCCUCCCCUACCCUGGAUGACGCUGGGCCAAUUGUGCGGCGCCCAUGAGUCUCCCGGUCGCGGCCGGCUGCGACAGAGCCUGUAGACAUUGUUAAUGUUGUAAAUGGCUAUUGUAGCUGAAAACAGUUUAUUUUUUAUGGAAUAUCUAUAUAGACGUACAGAGGCCCAUUAUCAGCAACCAUCAGUCCUGUGGUCCAAUGGCAUGUUGUGUUUGCUAAUCCAUGCUUAUCAUUUAAAAAGGCAAAUUGAUCAUUAGAAAACCCUUUUGCAAUUAUGUUAGCACAGCUGAAAAAUAUUCCUAAUCCUGGAGUCGCCUCUUCACUGUUGACGUUGAGACUGGUGUUUUGCGGGUACUAUUUAAUGAAGCUGCCAGUUGAGGACCUGUGAGGUAUCUGUUUCUCAAACUAGACACUCUAAUGUAUUUGUCCUCUUGCUCAGUUGUGCACCGGGGCCUCCCACUCCACUUUCUAUUCUGGUUAGAGACAGUUUGCGCUGUUCUGUGAAGGGAGUAGUACACAACGUUGUACGAGAUCUUCCGUUUCUUGGCAAUUUCUCGCAUGGAAUAGCCUUCAUUUCUCAGAACAAGAAUAGACUGAUGAGUUUCAGAAGAAAGUUCUUUGUUUCUGGCCAUUUUGAGCCUGUAAUCGAACCCACAAUUGCUGAUGCUCCAGAUACUCAACUAGUCUCAAGAAGGCCAGUUUUAUUGCUUCUUUAAUCAGCACAACAGUUUUCAGCUGUGCUAACAUAAUUGCAAAAGGGUUUUCUAAUGAUCAAUUAGCCUUUUAAAAUAAUAAACUUGGAUUAGCAAACACAACGUGCCAUUGGAACACAGGACUGAUGGUUGCUGAUAAUGGGCCUCUGUACACCUAUGUAGAUAUUACAUUAAAAAUCAGCCGUUUACAGCUACAAUAGACAUUUACAACAUUAACAAUGUCUACACUGUAUUUCUGAUCUAUUUGAUGUUAUUUUAAUGGACAAAAUAAAAUUGCUUUUCUUUCGAAAUCAAGGAAAUGUCUAAGUGAUCCCAAAAAGUGACAAAACUUUACGAACUUAAAUAUAAAUUUAACGGUAUUGAAAUCAUACCGUUGGUAAUUUGAAAAACCCUGGUAUGCGGUAUAAAAGAUAUAUCGCCCAAACCUCUUUCUUUCUCUCCUGCAUGUGUUCUUUCUGUCUCUAUCUGCUACCGUAGCCAACUUCCUUUUCUAAUGUCCAAUCUCCUUUAGUUUAUGUUGUGUUUCUCUGUUACGGUAAUGUCUGUCACCUUGUGGGAUGAUUGAUCACGAACCGUUUGAAUCAGUAGAUUGUGUGUCUGUGUCAAACCAUGUCUGUUUGUAUGGGCAUCACACCCAUUUCACUGCCCCAUUUCUUCUAGGACUUUUUGUGUGUGUGUGUGUGUGUGUGAGUGAGUGUCUUUGUGUCAUUGUGUUUGCAUGUGUGUACAUCAGUACAUGUGUGUGUUAGUGUGUGCUCAAGGCAUGAGUCUCAUUAUGUUGUUAUAAUAUUUUUUCUGUAUCUCACGGCCGCUGGCUGUGUUUUCCUUCUCCCCUGCUGUGUGGGUGUGGGUGUGGGUUUGUGGUGUGUGUGUGUGUGUGUGUGUGUGUGUGUGCGUGUGUGCGUGUGUGCGUGUGUGCGUGCGUGCGUGCGUGCGUGCGUGCGUGCGUGCGUGCGUGCGUGCGUGUGUGUGUGUGUGUGUGCGUAAACCUCCUGGGUCUGACUGUGUUAAUGUCUCCUGUCUGUCUCCCUCCACAGCCCUCUGAGAAGUGUGGAGUCCUCAACGUCACCAAAAUCACUGAGAAUGGCAAGAAAGUCCGGUAAGCCAUAUUGUACAAAGAUCAUGUAGAUUAGAUUAGAAAAACAUUAUAAUUAUCUUAUGAGGAAGUUAGAGAACAAUACAGCAUCAUACAGACAAACAAAACAUUGUCAUUGAUUAAUUUUUUGAAAUAAUGGACAGACUGAUGGUUGAUAAAUGGUUGUGUUGGGGCUAGAGUUGCAAAUGGAGGGUAUAUUAUUCGAAACUUUAAGUUUACCAGUAAACUACCAGAAUUUUGGUAUCUUUCAAAGAUUGUAUGUAAUCUAUUACAAGACAUCUAGUGGCUGUUUGGGGUAAUUUAGAUUAUCACAGGUGUCUGUAAUAAUCUCUGGCCCUCUGUGUGGCCUUAUCACAUAAAAUAAUUAAAUAACACAUUUGAAUGACAAAGCUGUAAAGCAUCCUAAUUAUUAGGGCUGACACCAUUUAGUCGACUGGCCGAUUGUUUGGUCGAUAGGCUGUUGGUUGACCAAGAUUUUUAUAGACGAGCAGUAGCAAAAAAAUUAUAUAUAUAUAUAUAUAUAUAUAUAUAUAUAUAUAUAUAUAUAUAUAUAUAUAUAUAUAUAUAUAUAUAUAUAUAUAUAUAUAUAAUGGUGUACAAGAAACCUGUCUGAUUCGCGCCUGUCUGAGUGGACUGAUCCAUUGUGGAUUCCCUGGGGAUGGCACAGUCCAUCAGUCCAAGACAUGUGCUACUUAAAUUGUAUAUGGUUAUAUUAUGUAAGAACAAUGGUGAAACACAAAAAAUAUAUAUAUUAUAUAAUUUUAUAACAAAUGCGCUUUCUCUCGCGUUGGAUAGUGGUCACUGUCCGCAGUUCUGAAACACAUCAGUGCGCUGUUGAAUUGGCGCCUUUUCCUAGACCAUGUUGCUAUGUGCAUAAUAGCAAAGUUAACCAGCAUAUUGGUGUUGAGAACAAUGCGGCAGAGGCAGCAGCAGAGUUAGGAGACGAGAAAACAGCCCUUGCCUUAAUUGUCUAAGAAAAGUGAGGCGAGAGGAAACCCCAACUUAAUUAGGUCUAUAAUCAAUAGCCUAACUGUUAAAUGUGCCUGCUUUAUAAAUCAUCCAUAUAUAUCUACAGAAAUAAGACAGAUCCUGCUUCUGUUGCCUGUUUGAGUGUUUGGUUGAUAGCCUACUGAUUCCGUGAGCACCAAUACUCACGCAACAAUUUCACAAAUUCUGCUGUUUUUUAUUGGCUAUGCUGUAAUAAAGGCUUUACACUUUAUUUCGUUAGACCAGCCUCUGAUAUUAUUUGUAAUUUAUUUAGUGUUGGUCGAAAGAACAGACGACUCUUUUUUAGUCAGGGACAGCCCUACUAAAUAUAAACCAUCAACUUAGUGAAUACCAUUGUUGUUAAUAUGAGGGUUUCAGCAUGAAAUAUCUGUAUUAUUAUUUUAUUUUUUUAAAUUUACACACGUAUUUAUUUUACUAUGUCAGUAUGUAUGUGUUGUCAAUGUUUUAGCGUCAAACUAGUGGCAGUUGUGAAAAUAAAUCUAUAGUUGGGAUUGUUGGAGAGUUCAUUUAAAAUAAUGCCAUUGUUGAAUAGAUGCUUUUUUCAUUAAUUAGCUAUUUUCUCUUGAAACAUAUGGUAUAUCGCAGGUUUUCCCAAACUAGGGUUCGCCUGAUAUGAAAAUGGGGUUGCGAGAGAUAGUUUGAGCUUGGUUCAUAGAACCGUGGUUACCUCAGUAACCUCCGGUAGCCGCUCGAUGCGGUUGUAAUAAACAGUUUGGUUUCUUUUUUCUUCCUACAAAUACAAAUUCAGUGACCCCAUCACUGAAAGAUAAGACUCUCAGGAACACGUACGUACGUACUGUUUCCCUCUACUAUUCAUUAGAACCUAGUGGACAAGACCAGGCACUAAAUCAGACUAGGGGGAAAAUAACAUAUUUUCUACACAGAAGAUCAUACAGCAUUAUUGCCUGAUGAUCAUCUGAACUUCCCAGUACCUUUCUGAUGCAUUUCAGUCACUUCAAAUCAUACUUUCUUCAGAUUGAAAUACUGUUAAAAAAAAAAUACUGUCAGACUGAUUUGUAAUAGACUGUCAUAGGCCAAAUUUAAAAAAGUAAACAUUUGCCGUCCUGUGUGGCUCCGUUGGUAAAGCAUGGUGCAUGCAACGCCAGGGUUGUGGGUUUGAUUCCCACGGGGGACCAGUACGGGAAAAAGUACAAAAAUGUAUGCACUCACUACUGUAAGUCACUCUGGAUAAGAGCGUCUGCUAAAUGACUAAAAUGUAAAAAAUAAAUAAAAAUGGAAAUGAUUACAUAACUUUCUUUACAUGGUGGGGUCGAAAAAAGUUUUUAUCUCAAAACGGGGUCGCGGGCCAAAAAAGUUUGGGAACCAGGGGUCGCGGGCCAUCUACUAGAAACUAAUGGACAAUAUGUUCACAGAUAUAAAAACUGAAUACUAUAUAUGAUUAUUUUUUUUACAAGUUAUUCAAGUAAACAUUACCAAAGUAACGAUAGAUUAUCAUAUAUUUUCUUUUAAUUACCAAAAUUACUGAAGAUUCCGGUAACUUUGGUAAAUUACCAGUAGCUUUGCAACCCAAGUUGGGACUGGUUGAUAAAUGGUUGUUCUGACGUGGUUGAUGGUUUUAUAAAUGGUUGUGUUGUGACAUGGUUCUAACAGGAAGAACUGGACAUCUUCGUGGACAGUAUUACAGGGCUCCUCACUGCUCUUCGCUAAAGGACAGGGGAGUGGCACCAGCUGGGUACGUACCCCAUCAGCCGCCUUGUUAGGAACCGUCUUGGGUUAAAAAAUGUGGCAGAGUUUGUACAGUUGACAGUUAAUUUUUUCUAAAAUCAAAUUAGAGCUGAAUACCUCCCCUACUUUUCCAAUAACCUGCAGGAGUUUUUAGUGCCUAAGAACUACCUGGUUGGCUGUCUAUCUCCAUUUAGUAGUAGUGCACCAUACCUCUUUCUAUCUGCUCUUUAGUUUCCCUUCUUCUCUCAUCUGUCUGUGACUCUUUAUUUCUCAUUUGCCGUUCUUCCCUCACCUUCUCCUCUCUUACUCUCUCGUUUUCCUCUCCUUCCUCCUCCACUCUUUCCUCUCCUCAUCCAAAGCCGUCCUACCGUAGUGGCUCCAUCCCUGAGCUGCUGCUCACUCUGCUGGCCAACUGGAAGCGUUCGGUCAAGCCCCGCCCAGCUGUCUCCUAUGUCCACUCUGUCCAUGGGCGUGCCCCAGCUGCCACUGUAUGUCUCCUCUGUCCCUGUGCAUGUGUUCCAUUUGUCCCUCUGCCUGUCCGUCAUGCUCACACUAUCCCCCCGCCCUAUCCCCUGCCUGCUGCUCAUAACCUAACCUGAUUGGUUGACCAAGGGAUUUCGGAGGGAACUUUGAGUUUGAGGCAUGCGUUUCCUCUGGGUUAUUCCCCCCGCCCCCCCCCCCCCCCCCCCCCCCGCCACAUCUAUUUCCAUGGGCACAAGCACUGUUCAUGACACAAACUGUUCACACCCCUCUUGUUGGUGGAGAGAAUGUUGCAGGUUGAAAGCUUAUUUCCUGCAAUUCUACACAUUUUGUCAUGGGGUGCAAAGAACAUUUUGCAGUUGUAAAACAAAUUUUCUUGCCAUUCUAUACAUUUUGCCAUGUCUAAUGUGUAUUCAUGUGAUAUUUGAGUGACAAAAAAUUACAACAAUAUCUGUGGGCUAAAAAACCUAAAUAUAAAAACUUUAGCUGACAUGGGCUAGUUGAUCUGAACAUUUCUGACAAGUUCUAAAUAGCUCUCUAAGGUAUGCAAUGACUAACAUGACAAGAGGAACUGAUGAUGCAAUACCCAAUUUAGAAAUUGCACCUUGUGCAUUCUACUAUUACAACUUUCAAAGCCGGACUGAGUUUCUUAAAAUGAAACAUAUUGUUAUUAUUAUUAUUAUAUAUAUUAUUAUUUUUUUAUUGUGGGGGGGUGGGGGGCCCAGCGCCCCCCUUGCUGACCCCUCUGGGGGUUUGGCCUAGAUAAAGGUGUUGUUGAUAUGCAUACAAUACUAACCUACUGAGUACAACAAAAAUGAGAUAACAGUUGAACUUCCUCAUAAUACUGUACUAAAUGUCCAGCUUGCAACACAGUGGUGUGAAUACGAUCACCCGUGUUUAUCUUAAAGUCAACGUAGCACUUAAUAACUACGUAUAACUAUAACACAGUAACUUGUAACAACACUGCUUUGGUUGUUUUUAAUGCGUCUUGAAAUAACUGUGAAAAAUAUUCAUUAAAGAUUUACCACUAUUACUAUCCUUGAGCUGGAAACCCAGCUCUCAUCUGAUUUGUCUGAAUGUUGAAUUAUUUCCUUGUAGAAGUUUGUGGGUAACCAGUCAAAGCCGGAGUUCACUGUGGAUCUCAGAGGGGGGUCAGUGGAUUGGGCAUCCAAGGAUAAGUCCAGCAAGAAGCACGUUAUUGAACUGAAGACCCGUCAGGGGACAGAGCUGCUGAUCCAAUCAGAAAUCGACAGCGUCAUCAACGACUGGUACCGAACCCUGACAGACACCAUCAGCACACAUGUGAGUGGACCUCUCUCUCUUCAGUCCAGAGCGUAGUAACUACCACACCUGUAUUUCCCAAGUCAUAAUCAAAUCCUGCGCUAGCUUGCUCGGUUUAGAUGUCCGUCAGAGGGACUAGUAAAGUACAGUACAAGCCAAUUACGCUCUAUAAUCUCUGUAAUGAGGGUCUUCUGAAAAUGCAUUUAGUUUUUAUCUGUUUAGGUCCAGGUUGACUUCCCUAACGGAUGUUGUUUGUUUGUGUGUGUGUGUGUGUGUGUGUGUGUGUGGGGACAGGCAUGGGAGUCAGAUGAGGCCAUAGAGGAGGACAUGCCUGAGUCCCCCGGGGCAGAGAAACAAGACAAGGAGAAAGACCACCGAGACGCCAAGAAAAACAGAGGUGCCUUGACUAAAUACGCUGUGUGUGUGUGAGAGAGAGUGUGUGGGUGUCUUUGUGCGUUUUAGUGAUCUAAGAAGGUAUUGUCACCAAAUUCCCUCUUUAGUACCCAUUUAGUCAUUUUCCCUCCAUAUGGUUUCAGCGAUGAAGACGUCUAUCAGUAUGGACUCCUCUGACCAGAAGAAGACUAGAGUGAAGCUGAAGAAGUUCCUGACCCGCCGACCCACCUACCAGGCCGUCAAGGACAAGGGCUACAUUAAAGGUAUGGAUGGAGAUUUGGUUAUGGGUUCCGAGAAUGGACUUACAGCUGUCCUCAACUAGAGGAAGCUAAGCGUAGUGAUAAAACCCUUGAUAACGAGAAACAUUGUCAUUUGACGUCGCUCUGUGUUGUCUCUCAGACCAGGUGUUUGGCUGCAGUCUGAGCAGCCUGUGUCAGAGGGAGAACACGUCCGUGCCCAGCUUUGUCACCACGUGCAUCGACCACGUGGAGAACACAGGUACGAGCCAUCCAUCUCUGUCCCUUUAUAUGUUCCCUCUCUCUGUCUUUUUAAUUGUGAUUAGAAUUUUUCCAGAGAAAGAUGUCAAGAUUUGUGUAUUGAUAUUUGUGUGCUCAGUCACAAACAUGAAUUCUAAUGCUGUUUCUCUGUCUGUCUCUCUGUCUGUCUCUAUCUCUCCAUCUCCCUCUACCUUCUUCUACAGGUCUGAGUAUAGAUGGCAUAUACAGAGUGAGUGGGAACCUAGCGGUGAUACAGAAGCUGCGCUUCGCUGUGAAUCACGGUAGGGCUUUUCUCCCUUCAAUGAUAUAAUAUGAUGUUAUAGCUUUUUACAGUAGCUUUGGUUCAUGGUUAGUGACGAAGUAACUGGAGAUAUAGUCAUUUUCUAAAGAAGUUUCGGUGUCAGUCAGUCCAACAGUAACUUGUGUUGUGAUACUCGAUUCUUGAACAGACCAUGAUAUCUUGUCUUAAAGCUUGCCUGACUGUGUCUCUGUUUCCCAGAUGAAAAGUUAGAGCUGGAUGACAGUAAGUGGGAGGACAUCCACGUCACCACGGGAGCCCUGAAGAUGUUCUUCAGAGAGCUGCCUGAACCACUCUUCACCUACGACUCCUUCAACGACUUUAUCAAUGCCAUCAGUGAGUAGUAACAUACUUAACUACACUGUAACACACUUUACUGUGCUGUAUAACACUGUACUUUACUGUAUGCUUGUCCUACUGAGACACUGUUUCUAAUAGUUAAAUUAAGGUUUGAUGGUUUGCCUAAAGACAAUGGCCAUUAAGACAUUGACUUCAUGCUCAAUUUACCACUUGGUUUAGGUGAUUCCAAAUAUUUGCUGUUUGAAAUGUGUCCACAAGAUGGCGCCCUAGUCAAUUAGGAUAAUGUAAAUCAGGGGUUAUUUCUAUUUUGGGGGGGGACACACACACACACACACACACAAAAUACUAUAAAAACACCAGCAAAUCAGCUCCAAGUGAUUUUAAUUUUUGAAAUCUGUUCCAAAGUAUUCCUAUGCAUAAUUAAGCAAUAAGGCACAAGGGGCAGUGCUGUAUCAUGAAUACAGUCACAGGUAAAUGGCGUUGUUUUAUUUACCUGUGACUGUCUGUAUUCAUGAUACAGCACUGCCUCACGUGACUUAUUGGUUUUACAAAACUGUUACCAACAUAUUAAAAUAACAAUGAAUUAAACAUUUUCAUUAAAACGUUAUUUUGAUAAGUAAAUUCAUACAAUUUCAUUCUUCCACCAGAAAAAUCUGGUUGUUAGUUAUUUUGGUCAUGUUGCUACAGAUGUGACCCAGUCCUUAAUUAUUUUUUCAUAGUUGCUGUGCAAAAGGACUGGUCGUCCGUUCUAAACAAAAUGUUUGCUAUGCAGGCUGGAUAACGUUAUUGUCACUAGCCAACUUCAAGUAACUGAGUAACGUCAAACAUUGAACCUGGAAUGACAAUACACUAGCUGCAUUUUCAUUUGUUAGAACUUUUUUUCUAUUGGCAUUUACUUGGAUAUGUCCAGGAUAAUGAAGGUGAUGCGUGAUUUCGCCUGGCUCAAAAAAAAAUGUAUAGUCUCAUCUGGGCACAGUUCAUUCUCUAUGGUACAGAGAUCGACAUUCAAAAGUGAAACAUUGUUCCCGAGGUCGGACAGGCAAAAAGCAAGGUUUAUAAUAACCCCCGUUGUACCAAACUAAAUGCUAGGCUGGAAGCAAGGGAAAAUAAUGUGCGAGUUGAGAUAAAUACAAGAGAUGAUUCAUACAGCAACAUGAACAUGAUACUCUUAUGAGACACAGUGAUCAUUUUCAGAUGGAACUGUAAGCAGACCUAGUGUGACUGUGUUGGCCAAUACAACAUGACUAGGAACGCUGCUUGUCCAAUCAGCAUCCAGGGUCCAAACAACCAGUUUUAUAAUAGAGAGAUAUAUGUGAUCGUAUACAAAUGUAAGCAAGAUUUGAAAUGAUUAUGUUUUAGUCAAAUGUUAUAUCUGUUUGGGAUUCUUGCAGUCAAUUUGAAGUAUAAAAAUUAUUUGUAAUUAUGUUCCGGCCCCCUGACCAUCCAUCCGCUCAAGAAAAAAUCGCCCCGUGGCUAAAUCUAGUUAAUAAUGAUCCCUGAUGUAAAUGCUGUGUUUUUCCUUAUGCAGUGAAACGAAUGGUGUUUUACUUUUCCCUCUCUUCCAGAAUGCUCGGAUUACAAGCAGCGAGUAAAUGUAAUAAAAGACUUAAUCAAGCAGUUGCCAAAACCGAAUCACGACACAAUGCAAUGCCUCUUCAAACAUCUCAGAAGGUAAGGAAAAAGCAUGCAACAUUUCGGCUAAAAUGCGAUAUUACCCAAAGUAUUUUGAUCGCAUUUUGCAUAUUGUGUUUUUCGAAUACUAGCAGUAGGUUACAUAAUACAUGUAGAGUUUUGUCUCCAGUGUGUACCUGAACCCUUUGUUGACCAACCAACAUAUGUAAUGUGUUUCCUAAAUGAUAGGCCUAUCUCACCAUAACGGACCAUAGGGCAGUUCGGGAAAAUGCCAGAUGGGCUGGUCCAUCUUUAGCCCAGUGGGCCUGUCUAAAUUGUCGUCCUCUCCUUCCUGUCUCUCUCCAGGGUGAUUGACCAUGGAGAGGCCAACCGUAUGACGACCCAGAGCGUAGCGAUCGUCUUCGGCCCCACCCUGCUCAGACCUGAGACCGAGACGGGGAACAUCGCUGUUCACAUGGUCUAUCAGAACCAGAUUGUUGAGCUCAUCUUACUGGAGUACGAGAACAUCUUCGGC